AUGUCGUUUGAAGUCGGUACACGAUGCUGGUAUCCCCACAAAGAGUUAGGUUGGAUUGGCGCAGAAGUUAUUAAGAAUGAGCUCAACGACGACAAUUAUCACUUAGAGUUGAAAUUGGAGGACGAUGAGGUCGUGUCCGUGGACACAAAGGACUUGAAUAACGAUAAGGACCAGUCUUUGCCGCUACUCAGAAACCCUCCCAUUCUGGAAGCCACGGAAGAUUUGACAUCGCUGUCGUAUCUGAAUGAGCCAGCGGUUUUACAUGCGAUCAAGCAGCGCUAUUCCCAAUUGAACAUCUACACAUACUCGGGUAUCGUGCUAAUUGCUACAAACCCUUUUGACCGUGUAGACCAACUUUAUACACAAGACAUGAUCCAGGCUUAUGCGGGCAAACGCAGAGGUGAGCUUGAACCGCACUUGUUCGCCAUUGCCGAAGAAGCAUAUAGGUUGAUGAAAAACGACAAACAGAACCAAACCAUUGUAGUAAGUGGUGAGUCUGGUGCUGGUAAGACAGUUUCCGCCAAAUACAUCAUGCGUUAUUUUGCUUCUGUUGAGGAGGAAAACUCCACCACUGUACAACAUCAAGUGGAAAUGUCUGAAACAGAACAGAAGAUCCUGGCCACAAAUCCUAUCAUGGAGGCAUUCGGUAACGCAAAGACCACGAGAAACGACAACUCUUCCAGAUUUGGUAAAUAUUUGGAAAUUUUGUUCGAUAAGAAUACAUCUAUCAUUGGAGCAAGAAUUCGUACGUACUUGCUGGAACGUUCCAGAUUGGUUUAUCAACCUCCAAUUGAAAGAAAUUACCACAUAUUUUAUCAGUUAAUGGCUGGGUUACCAGCGCAGACUAAAGAGGAACUGCAUCUAACAAGUGCCUCAGAUUAUUUUUACAUGAACCAAGGUGGCGACACCAAGAUCAACGGUAUUGACGACGCCAAGGAAUAUCAAAUCACAGUAGACGCAUUGACUUUAGUCGGUAUCACCAAGGAAACUCAACACCAAAUAUUCAAGAUAUUGGCAGCACUACUGCACAUCGGCAACAUCGAAAUAAAGAAAACUAGGAACGAUGCCUCAUUAUCUGCUGAUGAACCAAAUUUGAAACUCGCGUGCGAGUUGCUGGGUGUUGAUGCAUACAACUUUGCUAAAUGGGUUACCAAAAAACAAAUUAUCACAAGAUCAGAAAAAAUUGUAUCAAACCUAAACUAUAAUCAAGCCUUGGUUGCCAAAGAUUCUGUGGCCAAGUUCAUUUAUUCUGCUCUUUUCGAUUGGCUUGUAGAGAAUAUCAACACCGUGUUGUGCAAUCCUGCAGUGGACGACCAAAUAAGCUCAUUUAUUGGUGUCCUAGAUAUUUAUGGGUUUGAACAUUUUGAAAAAAAUUCAUUUGAACAAUUUUGUAUCAACUAUGCCAACGAAAAAUUACAACAAGAGUUCAAUCAACACGUUUUCAAAUUAGAACAAGAAGAAUACGUGAACGAGGAAAUAGAAUGGUCGUUUAUAGAGUUCAACGACAAUCAGCCUUGCAUUGAUUUAAUUGAAAAUAAAUUGGGUAUUUUAUCACUGCUUGAUGAAGAAAGUAGAUUACCUGCUGGUUCUGAUGAAUCUUGGACUCAAAAACUCUACCAGACUUUGGAUAAAUCUCCUUCUGAUAAAGUAUUCUCCAAACCAAGAUUUGGACAAACUAAGUUCAUCGUGAGCCAUUACGCUCUUGAUGUUACCUAUGAUGUGGAAGGAUUUAUUGAAAAAAAUAGAGACACCGUCUCGGACGGACAUUUAGAAGUCUUGAAGGCGUCUACCAACGAGACCUUGAUAAAUAUUCUGCAUGGUUUGGAAAAUGCCGCCAAGAAACUAGAAGAAGCUAAAAAGGCUGAACUGGAGCAAGGUGGCAAUAAGAAACCCGGUCCAGUGAGAACUGUUAACAGAAAACCUACCUUGGGCUCCAUGUUUAAGCAAUCUUUGAUUGAAUUAAUGAAUACCAUCAACUCGACGAAUGUACACUAUAUUCGUUGUAUAAAGCCCAAUGCUGAUAAAGAAGCUUGGCAAUUUGAUAAUCUCAUGGUUUUAUCUCAAUUGAGAGCAUGUGGUGUUUUAGAAACCAUUAGAAUAUCCUGUGCUGGGUUUCCCUCCAGAUGGACUUUCGAAGAGUUUGUAUUAAGAUACUACAUUUUGAUACCACAUGAGGAAUGGGACCUAAUUUUUAAGAAGAAGGAAACCACAGAAGAAGAUAUAAUUUCCGUAGUAAAAAUGAUUUUAGGUGCUUCCGUGAAGGACAAAUCCAAAUAUCAAAUUGGUAACACAAAGAUUUUUUUCAAAGCGGGUAUGCUUGCAUAUUUGGAAAAAUUGAGAAGUACCAAGAUGCAUAAUUCUAUUGUCACUAUUCAAAAGAAGAUUCGAGCCAAAUAUUAUCGCAACCAGUAUUUGCAAGUUUCUCAAACCAUCAAAAAUUGGCAGAGUAUUACUAAAGGUUUCAUUAUUCGUCAUCGCGUUGAUCAUGAAAUGAAAGUUGAUUCUGCAAUCUUAUUUCAAGCCGCCUAUAGAGGUCAUGCGAUCCGUGCAAAUGUGUUCAGUAUAUUGAGAACCAUCAUCAAUUUGCAGACGAAGAUUAGAAAGGAAUUAAAGCAAAAACAUCUCAGAGAAGAACAUGAAUAUAACGCUGCAGUGAAAAUUCAAAGUAGAGUCAGGACUUUUGAACCAAGAUCUAGCUUUUUGCGCACUAAAAGGGAUACUGUUGUUGUACAAUCUUUAAUCAGAAGAAGAGAUGCUCAAAGAAAAUUAAAACAACUGAAAGCUGAUGCCAAAUCGGUUUACCAUUUAAAGGAAGUCAGUUAUAAACUAGAAAAUAAAGUGAUCGAACUAACGCAAAAUUUAGCAUUUAAAGUAAAAGAAAAUAAGGAAAUGACGGAGAGAAUUAAAGGAUUACAAGUUCAAGUGGGUGAAAAUGCGAAACUUCAAGAAACUUUAGAAAACAUGAAAAAGGAGCAUUUGGUAGAUAUUGAUAACCAAAAAGCUGAAGAUAUGGAGCUACAAAAGGCCAUCGAAGGUAACUUACAAUUCACUGAGCAAAGUUUAAAAGAUGCUCAAUUAGAAUUGGAAGAAAUGGUCAGGCAACAUAAUGAAAUGAAGGAAGAAUCUAAAAAACAACUGGAAGAAUUAGAGGAAACGAAGAGUUCAUUAAUUGAGCACCAGACAUUGAACGGAGACUUGCAAAAUGAAGUUAAAUCAUUAAAAGAGGAAAUUGGCAGAUUACAAACUGCCAUAUCACUAGGCACCGUUACAACUAGCGUAUUGCCUCAAACUCCAUUGAAGGAUCUAAUGGGGAGUAGUGCUGCAAACUAUGGCAGUAUGAUGCUAGACAACUCAGACUUGUCACCCAAUGAUUUGAAUCUAAAAUCCAGAUCCACUCCAAUGUCUGGAAACAAUCACAUUGACUCAUUGAGUGUCGACCGUGACAAUGGCGCCAACGCCACACAAAUAAACGAAGAAUUAUACCGAUUACUUGAGGAUACUGAAAUUCUGAACCAAGAAAUUACCGAAGGAUUAUUAAAGGGGUUUGAGGUCCCAGAUGCUGGGGUAGCCAUUCAACUAAGCAAAAGAGACGUUGUUUAUCCAGCAAGAAUACUGAUUAUUGUCUUGAGUGAAAUGUGGAGAUUUGGUUUGACUAAACAAAGUGAAAGUUUUCUUGCUCAAGUUUUAACCACAAUUCAAAAAGUUGUCACCCAAUUGAAGGGUAACGAUUUAAUUCCAAGCGGUGUGUUUUGGUUAGCUAACGUGAGGGAAUUAUACUCAUUUGUUGUCUUUGCUUUAAAUUCUAUCUUAACCGAGGAAACAUUCAAGAACGGCAUGACCGAUGAGGAGUAUAAGGAGUAUGUUUCAUUGGUGACGGAAUUGAAGGACGACUUCGAAGCACUAAGUUAUAAUAUAUACAACAUCUGGCUAAAAAAAUUGCAAAAGCAACUCCAAAAAAAGGCCAUUAACGCCGUGGUUAUCUCUGAAUCGUUACCAGGGUUCAGUGCCGGAGAAACCAGCGGAUUCUUGAAUAAAAUUUUUGCUAAUACUGAAGAAUACACAAUGGACGAUAUCCUAACGUUCUUCAACAGCAUAUAUUGGUGCAUGAAAUCUUUCCAUAUCGAAACUGAGGUGUUCCAUGCUGUGGUAACCACUUUGUUGAAUUACGUGGAUUCAAUAUGUUUUAAUGAAUUAAUCAUGAAGCGUAAUUUCUUGUCGUGGAAAAGAGGUCUUCAAUUAAACUACAAUGUAACUAGAUUAGAGGAAUGGUGCAAGACUCAUGGGUUAACGGAUGGUACCGAGUGCUUGCAACACUUGAUUCAAACCGCUAAACUACUGCAAGUCCGUAAAUACACAAUUGAAGACAUCGAUAUCCUAAGAGGCAUCUGCUAUUCGCUAACGCCUGCGCAGUUGCAAAAAUUGAUAUCACAGUACCAGGUGGCUGACUAUGAAUCUCCAAUUCCGCAGGAAAUCUUAAGAUAUGUGGCUGACAUCGUCAAGAGGGAAGCUGCACUGUCUACAUCUGGUAAUGAUUCCAGGGGUCAUGAACAUAGCAGUGGUAUAUUUAUUACACCGGAAACAGGGCCAUUCACUGAUCCAUUCAGCUUGAUAAAGACCAGAAAGUUCGAUCAAGUGGAAGCUUACAUACCGGCGUGGUUAUCCUUGCCUUCAACGAAGAGAAUAGUUGAUCUAGUUGCCCAACAAGUCGUGCAAGAUGGCCAUUAA